UGCCCCUCCGCCCUUCGGUCUCUCACUCUCGUGAUUCCAGAAAAGGACAGCGCAGGUGACAACAAUUAAGAGAUGGAAGAUUCGCGAUAUCAGUGAUUACUACUCGAAAGGAUUCCCGUCUUCUUUAUCCUUUAAUCGAUCUUUUAAGAUCGAGCGACAUCGUCUAGAAACCACGUGACGUCUAAGGGAGAAAAAAAGGACGGAAGGUGUUUCAGGAUGAAGACAGAAUUGCAGAUGUCAUUAUGCCUUGCGGCAUUGAUCCUAACGAUAGUCGCUGAAGAUAAGCCAACGAACACGGUUUCGGUGUCAUCAAAUUCACCGGGACUACAAAGCAACACGCUACAGAAGCUGAUCAAGAUAUUGGAGAAAUAUGGUCUGGAAGAGCAGAGAGGAUUGAAGAGGGUCUACCUGAGCAACAGGUCGAUCACUUGCAACGAUGGCUCGCAGGCGGGCUUUUACCUACGUAAGUCGCACGGUUCGAAGAGGUGGAUCAUUUUCUUGGAAGGUGGCUGGUAUUGUUAUGAUCAUAAGAGCUGUAGAAACAGGUGGCUCAAAUUGAGACACCUUAUGACGUCCACCCAAUGGCCCGAAACACGUGACGUUGGCGGAUUGUUAUCAGGAAAUCCAGAAGAGAAUCCAUUUUGGUGGAACGCGAAUCACGUGUUUGUACCGUAUUGUACGAGCGACAGCUGGAGCGGUACGAGAACCUCGCCCAACGAUAUGUUUUCCUUUAUGGGAGCUGAGAUCGUCUCACAGGUUGUACGAGAUCUGAUACCGCUUGGCCUUGAGAAUGCAAGCUCGUUGUUACUGGCUGGUAGCAGUGCAGGUGGAAUUGGUGUUAUGCUUAACCUAGAUCACGUCCAAAAUUUGGUUCAUCAGGAAUUAGGAUUAAAACACAUAGCCAUACGCGGUGUCUCCGAUUCAGGCUGGUUUCUGGACAGAGCACCAUACUCACCGAAUGGUCUAUCACCUGUCGAUGCUGUUCACAAAGGAAUGGAACUUUGGAAAGCACGUAUACCACACAAUUGCGUCGUUAAACAUCCGGACGAACCUUGGAGAUGUUAUUUUGGUUAUCGUCUUUAUCCGACCUUGACUGCUCCGUUGUUCGUCUUUCAAUGGCUCUUCGACGAGGCUCAAAUGUCGGCUGACAAUGUUGGUGCACCUGUUACGAAACAACAAUGGGAUUAUAUUCACAAAAUGGGUGACAGUUUGAGGCAGACUUUCGAAAACGUCACCGCUGUCUUUGCACCGAGCUGCAUCAGUCACAGUGUUUUAACGAAGAGGGAUUGGCAGUUGGUUAAAAUCGACGAGGUUUCAUUGGCACAGGCUUUGCAUUGUUGGGAACAAAUGCCACUUGGAAAUCAUCGUAACGAUACUCAUUCCGAGAUCGAGACGAAUCAGCCCUGUACGAAAUCAUUAAGGAAACUUCUUCGUUCCGGUCUCACGAAAAACAACGGGACCUUGGUCCAACUUGGAAGGGCUGAAAAAAAUAGUUUAUCAACUGAGACGAGAAAGAAGAGUUAUUCGAACGGCGUAGUUAAAAUUGACGAGAAAGGAACUAGUACGACAUCCGGUCCAGAAAGAGAAAAUAAAAAGAGAAGGAGAAGAAAGCAUAAGGGUCGAAGAAGGGAUAGAAACAAGGAUGGAAGGAUGAAAAAGGAAAAACACGAGAGAAGAAAGGCCUCGGGACGGCGAAAAAGUGGGAAACAAAGUAACGACAACAACACACACGCAGGAAUGUUCAAUGGUACGAGGCCACAACGUUCGGUGAUACCUAAUGGAAAACGGAAAUGCAUCCAGGGCUGUCACUUCCGGUUGAUCGAGCGUUGCACUUGGCCGCAAUGCAAUCACAGCUGUCCAAAGCUUCACAAUCCGUUCACAGGCGAAGAGAUGGACUUUAUCGAGUUACUUAAGAGCUUCGGUCUCGACAUGAAGAGCGUAGCUAAUGCCCUCGGCAUCGACAUACAAACCUUGAACAGUAUGGACCACGAUGAGCUCUUGAAUCUUCUUACGCAGCAAGCCAACUAAUAAAUUUUCAAAGUAAGCUUAACAACCAUCUUCGUUAUAUAAUAAUUUUUUUUGCAUACCAAAAUGUACAUACGAUAUUAUCGCUAUUGGGACUCGUUCUUUUUUCUUUUUUUUUUCUUUUCUUUUCUUUUUUCUUUAUUUUCUUUUUUCGAGAUCGUUCGAUAAUCUUUUCGAUAUUUAUCCUUUAUAUUUUUUUAAUUCCUUUUUUUUUCUUUUUUUUAAUUCUGCUUUCUUCUUUUCCGUUUCUUUAUCUUCGUUUCGAAUUAAAAUUUUAUUCUUGCGAGAGUCCUGCGAUAGUUUUUGUUCUUUAAUUAAUUAAUUAAUUAAUUGGUACGUAUGAGGGAUAGUAAUUUUUUUAUUUAAUUCAAUCGUAACAAACACGAAUGGCGCUUAUUUGACUUAGGUAGAAUCGAUUACAACCAAAUUGCGAAUGUACAUAGGAUUUACCGUAGGAUCAACGUUGUUCUUAUAUUUAUCUUCCUAUUUUUUUCUCUUUCUUUCUUUCUUCCUCUGGGACCAAAAUUUUCUUACGAGUCAUUUGAUUAAUUUAUCGAAUUAAUCGAUCAGUACGAUAGAUUGUAAUUUUUUUUCUCAAUUGUCAUCGUUAACGAAUCCGAAUUCGUCUUGAAUAGAAUCGAUUAUGCAUCGCUUCGAUUACGUCGAAUAAUAAUUUUUUAUUAAAUCGACGUUGUUCAACCAAAACGUAACUGUACAUACGAUUUUAAUCAUAAGAUUCACG